ACACACACAAACGUCCUGUCCUGUCCCAUUCACUUCUUAAAAGAGAGUUGCGCCACUGGAUAAGAUCCCAUUUCUCAACGCUGUAAACCAAAGCUUACAAGUUCUGUCUUAUCUAUCGGUCAGUUUGAGAUUCAGAAACCAGGAUGUCCAGUACUGUCAUACCCAUGAACUCUUCAACACUCGUCAUCCAAUUUCAACCACCAGCACAAACAACUCCUGCUACAACAACGACAAAUGCUCCUGUGCCUGUUUAUGUCCAACAGGUGGUGGGAGUUUCACCUCUUCAAGGACUUAAGGCAUUUCUGAAAGGCAAACCGAAAGCCCUUGGGACGGUCGAGAUAAUGAUCGGUGUGCUGACUCUCCUGUUUGGCAUUGUGUCUACAGCUCGUGCAGAUCUUAUCUUUGUCCAUAGUGGUAUUUCUUACUGGGGAUCUUUCAUCUACAUUACCGCAGGCGCACUCUCCGUUGCUGCAGAAAAUAAAAUUAAUUCACCCUCCAGUUUGUGUUUGGUGAACGCUUCACUCGGAAUGAACAUUUUCAGUACUAUAACCGCAGGCAUCGCUAUUAUUUUCCUCUCACUGGAUUUGGUUAUAGGGCCAUACCGUUACUUCAGCUAUUAUGACCAUACUGACCCUUCUGAAUUAAAGGGAGCGUAUGAGACUCUCUUCAUGGGAAUCAGAGGUGUAUUGUUGGUAUUCGCCAUACUUGAAUUUAUCAUUUCCAUCUGUCUGUCAGGAUUUGCCUGUAAAGCCAAUGACUGCUGUUGGCCUCAGGUUUUACCAUCACAGUCCUCUGAUUUCAGGCAUGUUCGUUUCCAGGAUCUUAACAGCUCAGAGACACCUGUGACCAGCAGCUCGUCUAUUCAUUACCAGCCUGCAGACGCUCCUCCACAAAACAGUGAAUCCUAAGAAAUAUGCAUAAGUGCAUAAAUAAAGAUUAUGGGAAUGUUUUGGAAAAUAUAAUUCAAUUUGCUUAGUUACACAUUUCAUAUAUGAAAAUAUUUUGAUUUGAAUUGUAUAAAUGUGUGCACUGAACACAAAUAUUAAAGUUUUGUAUUUUUGGACUA